CGUCAGGCAACUAAAUAGGCAAAUAAUCUUUCAUUCAUUUUCUCAAGAAAAAUACAUAUAACCUUAAACAUUAAAUGAAAAAUACAAAGGAAAAUCAACAAACAGAUCAACAUUCACAGCAAAGUUUUCUGGGGAAAAUAGAUCCAGAUCUGAUGGGAGGGAUCCCACCCACGGUACCAGGCUCCCAUCGUCCCGUUCACCACCAUUCCUAGAAAACUUCUCUGUUCAGAAAAAUUAUCUACGCAAAGCAAACACAGCAAAUAAGCCCUCCGUCAACCUCCGUUACAAAAACUGAGCCCUUUUCAACAGAAAACUUUUCAUUUUCUCCGCUGGCAACAGCAGAAAAACAAAAAGACUCCUCCGCCGUCAACACCAGAACCACACAAAAAAAACCUUCUCCCUCUUUUGGAUUUCUGUCUUCUGCUUCUCUCUUUGUUUUUAGUGACAAGAAGAAGAGGAACCGCAGAAGGAGAAAAAUCCGAACCCCCCCCUCCACCCACUCACCAAUCUUCUCCUAUUUAUACAAAAAUCAAAGGAAACCCUAAAGGACGCUGGUCUACAUCAUGCUCAGUUGGCUGCAACGUGGGGUGCAGGAUCCGGUUGCAGAAGAGGGGCGCGCGCAGAGAGAUUUGGUUGCAGAAGAGGGGUGGCGCAGAGAGGGGGGUGUAGGUUGCUGUAGGCUUGACGGGUGCAGGAGAAGGGAGGCGGAGUCGGCUCGAUGCAGGGUUAGGGGUGCUGGCAGCAAGCCGGGUUCGGGUGAGGAUGCAGAGCAGGGGCGCUGGCAGGGGUGCUGGUGCGCAGGGUGCAAGGCGCGGGCUCAGGGCGCGGACUCAGGGCGCUGGGGUGAGGGGAUCUGGUGCGGGAGCAGGGGUGGGUUCGGUGCAGCAGCAGGGUGAAGGCUGGGUGCCUGGGGAAGAAGGUUCCAGAUCCAUUUUUAUUUCACUUUUCUUUGUUUAGGUUAAACGGGUUUGGGUUUGGGUUUUGGGUAUUGGGAUUUUGGGCUUGGGUAGUUGGUAGGCUUGGGUUUUUUGGAUUUUGAUUUUGGAUUUUUUUUUUUGGUUUAAGGCUUAAAAUUGAAAUGGGUUGGAAUUGGGCCAUUUAAGAUGGGUUUAAGGUGUAAAUGGGUUUUGGGUUGAACUUUAAUGCAUUUCACCCUUCAACUUUUCAU